CAAAACGACAUAAUAAUUAAUUGUCAGGAUACAAACUGAAGAUAUAUAAGCCGAUAUUUUUUCGCACCAUCAUGGAAUACGUAAAAUUCAUGAUUUUGCUGCUUUUGAUUGUGGUGUGUGACAGCAGUUGCCCAUCUACCUGGUACACCAUUCCCGGAAACCGAUGCAUCAAGGUAAUCAAAACCGGGUUGGUUGUAAGAGAAAAUCUAGACAGUACGAUGUGCGAGAAGUACACCAUUGGCACAAAGGUUGCAUCUUAUUUCUCCGUGACAUCUCCGAAUGAAUUUGCCAUACUAGAUAAAUUUAAAUCUUGGAUAUAUUUUGUCUACUUGGAUUGGAACUAUGUCGGAUCGACCUACUAUUACAACAAUGGAAGUAUGGUCGAUAUCCAUGAAUAUUCUUUAGAGGAUGACACUGACAGAGGAGGAGGCAAUUGUGUUGUUGUGAACCUGGUAGAGAAAGAAGUGGAUGCAAGCUGUCUUUCAUUCGAAGUUGGAUACGUUUGUGAAAUAAAACUUUGAAAUGUUGAACGUUGAUUUUAUUCUAGUAAUGAAAUAAUUUUGUUGAACAUGUUUGGUGGAGAAAAAAAGAGGCGAGAAGUACAAAGCGUAUCAAUGCUCACCUCAAUUCCAACAUUAAGCAGUAAAUCUGCAUGGAAUUUUG